AUGCUGAGAGUCCGGAAAAAGGGUUACUUUGGGAUUUGGUCAUUCCCUUUAAUAAUAGCAGUGGUGUGUGCACAGAGUGUCAAUGACCCUAGUAAUAUGUCACUGGUAAAAGAGACCGUGGAUAGACUGCUGAAGGGCUAUGACAUUCGCUUGAGGCCAGAUUUUGGAGGUCCCCCAGUGGCUGUUGGCAUGAACAUAGACAUUGCCAGUAUAGAUAUGGUCUCAGAAGUCAAUAUGGACUAUACCUUGACAAUGUACUUUCAGCAAGCAUGGAGAGAUAAGAGGCUGUCAUAUAAUGUAAUACCUCUAAACCUUACUCUGGACAAUAGAGUAGCUGAUCAGCUAUGGGUUCCUGAUACCUAUUUCCUGAAUGACAAGAAGUCAUUUGUACAUGGUGUCACUGUGAAGAACAGAAUGAUCCGCUUGCAUCCAGAUGGGACGGUCUUGUAUGGACUAAGAAUUACAACAACAGCUGCUUGUAUGAUGGACCUACGGAGAUAUCCGCUGGAUGAACAGAACUGCACGCUGGAGAUUGAGAGCUACGGCUAUACGACAGACGACAUUGAAUUUUACUGGCGUGGUGGUGAUAAUGCAGUCACAGGAGUCACAAAGAUUGAACUGCCACAGUUUUCCAUUGUAGACUACAAGCUUAUCACCAAGAACGUUGUUUUCUCUACAGGUGCCUACCCAAGGCUGUCUCUCAGCUUUAAACUUAAGAGAAACAUUGGUUACUUCAUUCUGCAGACCUACAUGCCUUCUAUUCUGAUCACUAUUCUGUCCUGGGUUUCCUUCUGGAUUAAUUAUGAUGCUUCAGCUGCAAGAGUUGCUUUAGGAAUCACAACUGUCCUCACCAUGACAACAAUUAACACUCAUCUUCGAGAGACUCUUCCCAAAAUCCCAUAUGUGAAAGCCAUUGACAUGUAUCUUAUGGGAUGUUUUGUCUUCGUUUUCAUGGCUCUGCUAGAGUAUGCUUUGGUCAACUACAUCUUCUUUGGCAGGGGACCUCAGCGUCAAAAGAAAGCAGCAGAAAAGGCUGCCAGUGCCAACAAUGAGAAGUUACGAAUGGAUGUCAAUAAGGACAGAAGAAUAAUUGGCACAUAUCAUUGUCCAGAAAUGUAUUCAACAAAGAUGGACCCACAUGAAAAUAUUUUGUUGAGCACUCUUGAAAUUAAAAAUGAGAUGGCUGCCUCUGAGGCUGUGAUGGGGCUUGGGGACCCCAGGAGCACGAUGCUGGCCUAUGACACUUCAAGCAUCCAGUACCGGAAAGCUGGCUUACCCAGACACAGCUUUGGUCGCAAUGCCCUGGAGAGGCAUGUGGCACAGAAGAAAAGUAGGCUACGGAGACGUGCAUCUCAACUGAAAAUUACUAUCCCUGACUUGACUGAUGUAAAUGCCAUAGAUAGAUGGUCGCGCAUAUUCUUCCCUGUUGUUUUUUCCUUCUUCAAUAUUGUCUAUUGGCUUUACUAUGUGAACUAA